AUGAACAUAAACCCAGACGCCGCAAGGGAUAUCCCCUGCAAGAACGUGCUCAUCUAUGGCUACUGCAAGUUCGAGAACAAGGGCUGUGCAUUCUCGCAUGGUGGUCUGCUUAGUCAAGCGGGCCAACACCAGAAUGCCUCCAAGAACUCAUCCUUGAAGUCUGCGUCCGGAAAUUCCGUCACCAAUGCCACUUUGACGUCGUCUUCAUCAGUGGAACCCGUGGAUUCCACCGCCGCAUCGUCCCAAAAGCCAUCACUUAACAACGAACCUAAAAGGAAGUUCAACAUGAACACGCCGCUGUUCCAGCCCUCAGUGCUGGCUAUCACCAACAAGUUUGCGACAUUGUCACCAAAGCUCAAGGAGAUUCCCAUCUUCGUGCCCUCCUCCGGUGACGCUGCUGGCGCUGCUCCAUCCUCUUUAAGCACCAAGGACUCCACCACCGUGUUUGCUUCGAGAAAAUUCAACGCAUCGACGCCAUCCUUCACACCAUCCAACCCAUUCGAUGCCCCUGACCAGUAUGCGAGUCCAGCCAAUGAUGGCUACGUGUCACAGGACAUGAACAACUCCACCUCUGUGCAGAGUCUACAACAACCUGGCCCUGCCAAGCAACAAAAUCCAUACUUGCAGUCAUCGGGAGUUCUUCCCACGCCUGGCGUUGGUCUGAUGCCACCAGUAUCGGACUACAGGUUUCUGCACACACUGGGCCCACUGGCCUACCCAUUGAACUACCACUUGUAUGCUCCAGCGCCUCCACCACGCUUCUCGAUGCAAUUGAAGCCCCACGAGACCACUGCCAAUGCCAUGUUCAUCCCCAAUGAUCUUCGUGAGCUUCUUACUAAGAAGAAUGAGGCCACUUUGCAGACCAUGUCGCAGCUGUCUCUUCCAGAACAUGUUGGGGUUUACCACUCAUUAGUGCCCAUUGACCUGUCAUUUGACAACGUGUCGAAGCAAUAUCAGAUUCCUAGCCACGUUUAUAAAGUGACUUCAAACGUGGAUGGUGCUCCUUAUGCCAUGAGAAGAAUCGAUUAUAGCUCCAAGUUACGUAUCUUGAAUGAACUUCCAUUCAGCACCGUGAAGAAAUGGAAAGCACUCAAGAAUCCCAACAUUGUGCAGCUUCACGAUGCUUUCACUUCUGUGGGAUUUAUCAACCAUGGUGAACCCACCUUGUGUUUAGUCUACGACUUCUAUCCCACUGCAAAUACCUUACAGGAACAUCAUUUGACCAGAAGGUUGGGAGGCAAGCUUGAGCCCAUCACUGAAGACAUACUUUGGGCUUACGUGGUGCAGUUGACAAAUGCAUUGCUUGCCAUCCACAAGGCUGGUUUGAACGCUGGUUCGUCCAUUUCGCUAAGUAAGAUCUUAGUGACAAACAAGAACAGAGUGCGGUUGGGCGCAGUAUGUGUCGAUGAUAUUCUCGAGUACGAGGCAAUCGAGGCACGCAAGGAAGAAGUGGGUACAGACUCUGCAUUGCACACGCUUCAGUUGGGUGAUAUAAUUCGCCUUGGAAGAGUCAUCAAUGAGUUGGCAUGCGCCACGCUCCCAGUCAGCUUGCGUGGCGGGUCAUUCGAGUCUACCUUGUCGAGUUUGCGGAGCUUGUCAUCGGUUCUGCUUUCGGAGGAAUUCUUGACGGUGCUUAAAGUGUUGAACACAGUGGAGGAUGAGUUUGAUCUACUUCAAUUCUACAAUCACUACCUCUCUCAAAGAACUCUCAAUUUGCUUAAUGGUUUGCAGGAUCUGACCGAUUUUUAUGAGAGUCAAUUGCUGUCGGAGGUGGAGAACGGGAGACUAUUCAGACUCAUGGUCAAAAUUAAUUAUGUUGUUGAUCGCAGGCCUCAGGAUAGCGAGCUCAGUGGAAGCUUGCUCGUGAUCAAACUAUUCAGAGACUUUAUUUUCCAGACAUGUAAUGAGUUUGGCAAGCCUGUUGCAGACUUGUCAAAGGUGUUGACCAACUUGAAUAAGUUAGAUGUUGGGGUUGAUGAGAAAAUUUUGCUAAUAUCCCGUGAAGAGGACAGUUGUAUUAUAGUGAGCUACAAGGAGGUGAAAGAUAUCAUCGAUCUGACCUUCAGAGCUAUUUUCAGGUAG